GAGAAAUUAUCCUCGAGGAUGCCUCUGCGAGCUAUUAUCCGGUACCUGACUUUGCGGUACUUGAAUAAUGAGAACGUGAUCAACAGGUUAGCAGAAUCUAAACCAAUGAGACAAGCCGCACAAUUCGUAGUGUCCAUACUGAUUAGAACGGGUAUGAUUAACGGAACGCGCCGCUCUAUCUCUAGUCCGCAGGAAUUUAUUCAGCAGCUGAAAAAUAUUGCGGAUCAGUUGAAGCGACAAUUGGAACAAAAGAAAUAAGUUCCAGAGAUAGGUCUGCAAUUUAUCAAUAGAUCGUGUAAGUUUUCUGCCAAACCUUAUAGAUGGUUCCUGUAUUUGUAUAAAUUUAAUAGCGAUGAAAAUUCGCAAUUUUUAUCGCUGCAAAGGAGAAUAAAACUUGUAAAAUUUACCAUGUAGUAAAACAAGAUUUUCAUUUAUUUAGUACAUUUCGAAUCACAUUUUCGCAACGUGUAUAAUUUAUAUUGUAAAUAAGUGCCCAAUUGUAUGCUCAAUUAUAUAGAAAUGACUUAAAUUUGCGAAAGAAACGAACCUUCUCCACAGUCAGCAGCACGUCAGUGCUUAUCAGGGAAUAGAUACGUCUGAUACAAUGGAAAAUUUUCUCUUUAUAUUUGAAAUAUAGUAUGAUACAUCUCUGCUUGAAGUUGCAAAAUGUAUUACAAGGUAGAACGAAGUAUAUGUGAUUAUAUUCUCUUCAUAGAAUUAUCGUACAAGAGGGAUUAUUAUGAUAUACACGGCAUUGGCCAUACUUCAAGUCUUAUUUGUAAAUUCUAGAAGCGUUGAUAAAAGGAGUUCGCACGAUCUCUUGUACAAAUGUAUGUGUGUUCAUACACUGUAUAUUAUAGAGAUGGGGACGUAUGUCAUGUAUUUCCUGAUGCUGAUUUCAUCUGCAUGAAUCUUUUAUAAAAAUAAUAUAAUUUAUAAAUACCGACUUGUAGCUUGUCGCAUUGUUAAAAGAAUAUCUUUUUAAUCAAAAUGGUCAAAACGUGGAAAAUUGUACUGCAAUAAAUUUGUAUCAUGUGUUAAUGUUUAAUAAAGUUAUAGAGAAUAAGUUCCUACACA